GGGGGAAAGGGGGUAGCAGGGCCCAUUCUGGUAUGGGGGGGCUGUUGUCCCUCCUGGAAGAAUAACAAAGCCUGGGAGCCCCCUGUCUUUUGGGGACAGAUCCCAGCUCUGUGUGUGGUGGGGAGUCACUAGAAAUGGGGUGGUGGUGGUGGGGGGGGGGUGGAUUGUGAAAACGCCCCCACCUGGGGUAAUUGCUGAAGGCAGCAUGGAGCCAGCUGGGGGAGGGGCAGCUAACAGCCCCUUAGGGGACUAGCUGCCCCCCCCCCAAGUAUUUUCCCCUAUUCCAGAUCUGCCCCCCACAGCGAUGUCAGCCCAAGUGAAGGAUAAAGAGGCUUUCCAAAGGCUUAGCUUCCUCUACCAGGCGGCUCACUGUGUCCUCGCCCACAACCCCGAGAACCAGGAGCUGGCGCGAUUCUACUGCCACGCGCAGCGCACCAUCAGCCGCAGGCUCGUGCUGAGACAGGACCCCUCGGUGAAGAGAACCAUCUGCAAAUCCUGCUCCUCCCUCCUGGUCCCUGGUGUCAGCUCCACGGUGCGCCAGAGAAGGCGCCGCGGCCGGCGCUGGUCAGUCGUACGGUGUCUCUGCUGCGGCCAGACCAAGCGCUUCCCAAGCAACCCCGCGUACAAGCUGUGGGCGGAGCAGCCUGAGGCUCUGCUGGAGAACCAGCCCCAAGCUGACCAGAAUCCUGCAGCCCCCCAGGAUUCCCCGAAGGAGCCCUCAGCACAGAAGGCCAAAACCCCCAGUGUGACCUCCGGUCUCCAGAGCCGCUCCCCCCCGCAGGGGACUGCAGAGGCUGGGACCCGGGUGGGGAAAGGGGGCCCAAGCAGGAGGUGACCCCCGGGGAUGGCCGUGAGCAGGGGCCAGUGGCUUGGGGCCUGAUCCCAGUGGGGGGUGGCAAGGACAGGCCUGGGGCAGGUUUUAGGAGACUCCGUUCGUAAGAGAGGUGCCAAGACUGAUUUGAAAAGGGAGAGGAAGAGAAACGACCCCCUCGAAACUAUCCACUCCUGGGGCACUGGCUGGCUCAGGGGGUGGGGAAUGGGAUAUGGGGCCUUUCCCCUCUGUGGGGCACCAGCUCCCACCUGGCCCCAGGGCAGGGGACUGGCUGGCUCAGUGGGGCAAGGAACGGGACGUGGGGCCUUUCCCCACUCGGGGGUGCCAGCUCCGAUCCAGCCCCAGAGCAGGGGACUGGCUGGCUCAGGGGGUGGGGAACGAGACAUGGGGCCUCUAGGGGGCGUCGGUUCUGAUUUGGUGGGUUUUUUUGGGAUCCUUGUCUAUUUAUAAACGUACAAUCAAAUUGCAUCUCCGUGUGCAUUUUUAGAAGCACGUUUCCUGCCUCAGCAUCUUUUAUUGGCUUAAAACAAGCUGGUGGGAGGCGGGACCGUAAUGGACGAUACCCC